AUGCUUGUUUCAUCUCGUCAAGAAUCGAAAUUUUUUGCAGUUUUGACUAAAAGGUACGAAAAUGACAAUGAUAAGUUGUUUCUUGAAAACUUUGAAGAAGUUGCACAAAAACAUGAAAAACGUCGACAAAAAAUUAAGAAAGAUGAAGAAAUGGAAAAUGAAAAAAUGCCUCCUGAAUAUCGAAUAACUUUUGGAGAAAAACCCGAAGGUAUAACAUCAAAAGAAUAUGAACUACUUUAUAUUGAAACAUUAUAUACAAUAAAACAUAAAAUUGGUACGACAACAUCAACACACAGUGAAGGAGAAAAUGAUCUCUAUUCCUAUGCACAAGAGGCGUUCGGUUUAUUAGCGGGAGAUCAUCAACGUUUAUUGAAUAAAGCAAGCGAAGAAAAGCCACCAAUUUUAAUUUUAAAUAUCGAAAUCGUUGAAGCUAAAGAUCUCGAAGCCAAAGAUGCAAAUGGAUUCUCUGAUCCUUAUUGCAUGUUGGGCAUUGUACCAGAAGUUAAGACAUUCGGUCUCCGACAACAGACAAGUGCUACUGGUGUAUCAUCGGAUGAAGAAGGAUCAAGUGAUAGUAAACUUGGUUUUAUGAAACGUCUAAAAAGUUUUCGUAAAUCAACAAUUCGUCGAUCUCAAGGAAGAGAAAAGACCGUGUCAACAACAAGUACAAGCCCACAAAACAAUUGCAGUUUGAGAGAUAAACUUCCUGCAAAAUAUAUUCAGACAACGGACGUAAAAAAAGCUACAUUGAAUCCAAUUUGGAUGGAAAAAUUUCGUUUUAAUAUUGAAAGUAGUAAAACUGAAACAUUUCAUUUGGAUAUAUGGGAUCAUGAUGAUGAAUUUUCUGUAUUUGAAGCCGCAAGAAAACUCAAUCAAGUUCAAGGUUUUAAAGGAUUAAACAGAUAUUUUAAGCAAAUUGCUCAAUCAGCAAGAACAAAUUCUAAUGAAAGUUCAAAUGUUGAUGAUUUUCUAGGUUCAGUUAAUUUAAAAAUUGAUGAAAUUCCAUCAACAGGAAUCGAUAAAUGGUUUUCACUUGAAGGUCGAAGUGAAAAUUCUAAAGUUCAUGGUCAAAUUCAUGUCCGCGCUAGUUUAGCGACACGUGAAGAUCGUGGAGUAUCUGAAGAAGAUAAUUGGACCGAUAUUAAACAACAUGUGGAACUGUUACAAAUCUUUAUUGAUCAUGAAUUGAAAAGAUUUAAGGGCGAAACAACGAAAUGGUCAGGCACAUUAUCACGCGAUGCUGAAACAAUUUUACAUCAGCAUGCGAUUCAAGGUGACAUAACAGACAUUCAACGGAAAAUGUGUCGUUGGAUAGCAUACUCAAAAAAACAUCUAGAACGCACAUUAACACAUAAAUUAUUAUUAUCAAUAACUGAACAAUUAGAACAAGCAUGGCAACCAACUUCAUUAAGUCGAGAUGAGAGUGAUAUGUUAAGAGAAGGCUUUACAUUAUUUAUAAAUCAUUGUUUUAAACAAUUAGCAAAACUUCGAGAACUUUUCCCAGCUGCUAAUAGAACUGCAAUGGAACGACUCGAACAACUUCUAACAAUCGUUGCUAAAUUACAUAGUAUGGAAGUAUUUCGUUAUUGUUGUCCAUUUCAAAAUAGUCUUCAACAUGAACUAUCACUAAUUAUAACGGCUGGAACCAUGGAAUGGUUUGAUCGUAUGGUUACAAAUAUAACAAAACCGAGACUACGAUCGGAUGAAGAUAUAUUGCGAAAUACAAGUGAAUUAGUCUAUGUGUUGAUUGCUGACGCUCAUUCGGCUGUUAAAUAUUACAAUCCAAUAUUUGAGUCUACGGUUAAACUUGCUUUUUAUCAUAUAUCAUUCAAGAAAAUUGAUGCCAAACUCAUGAAUAUAAUUAUAAAAGCACUCGAAGAAGAACUUGGUGAACAAAUAUAUCAAUCUCCUUUAAAAUUAUUUGAAAACAUUGAACCUGAUUCUGCUGAUAUAACUGCAUUUGCUUUUGCAGCUGAACAAACAAGCUUAUCUUUAUUUGAACUUUAUUUAACUCUUAAUGAACUUUCAAAAUACAAGAUCUAUGUUAAUGAAAGUCAUCGAUCAAAUUUAAAAAUUAAUCAAUAUUAUAUGUAUUUCGGUGUAGCCUUGAAAAAGUGGUUAUCAAUAGCUCGUAAUAAACUUCUUCAUCGUAUUGAAUAUUUUCUUGAUAAGGAUCAAGUCGAAACAUCUUUAUCAGCAACUACAAAUAAUAAAUUUACAUCAUCAUCAUUAGAUAUUUCGAAUUGUUUUACACAAAUGACACAAUUUUGGAGACGAUUAGCUUGGCCUGAUAUUCUUGGUUCAAUCGUAUAUUUAAUCAAAAUGACCGAAGAUUCAGCAAACGCAACUCGUCUUUACGCCAUAUUAAUGGAAGAAAAAUUAAAUGCUAAAAAGUUCUAUGACACUAAUGAUUUAAGUUUUUAUACACAAGAACUUUCUCUAACUGUAAAUAAUAUUGAACGUAUACGAGAAUCAUUUAAAGCAUUACCAAUUGAAUUAUCCUAUGAUAAAUUAUUAGUUGCAGCAGAAAAAUUUCAUCCUAUUGCUGUUGUUGAUGAAUAUAGAAAAAAAAUUGAAACAACUGUUGCUAUUUGUAGUCAAGAUAUAACUGAUAGAAUUUAUCGAAUUCUAAGUAAAGUUAUUACAAAUAUGGAAAUGGAAUUAAAACAAUAUUUGUUUCAUAUUGUCGAAGCACCUGAAGCUAGUAAUGCUCAAGAUACUAUUCAACCAUUAUUUACUUUUCUCGAUAAUCAAUUAUUACCUUAUACAGAAUAUUUAAUUAGACAAAAUGUAACAAGAUUAUUAGAACUUAUAUGGGCUGUAUUAAUCGAUCAAGUUCUAUGCGAAGUCGAAGAUGUAACAUCGCCAAAAUCAAUCGCAUCGUAUACACGUCUAUUAAGAGCUCUCGAUGGUCUUGUUGAUUAUUUUAAUAAUGAAACACAUUAUCUAUCAAAGGAUAUGCUCAAAACUGAAAAAUAUAGAUUGGUAAAAAAGUUACUCAAGUAUCAAUCGAUAGAUACGCAAUCCUUAAUUAAACUAUAUUAUCAAGAAAAGGUUCAAGAGCAAGAUCGUGCUAAUAGUUCAAAUCAAUCAGAUCUAGGGAAACUUUAUUGCCGAGCUUAUUAUCAUGCAAAAGAGGAAACCUUAUACAUUGAAAUUAUCUCAUGUAAAAAAUUAAGACCAUGUGAUUCUAAUGGUUUAAGUGAUCCAUAUGUUGAAUUACAGCUGUGUCCAAAUUUUUUAUAUCCUCAUAUUGAAAAGCAACAAACAACAGUUAUAAAAAAGACUCUUAAUCCACAAUUUAAUGAAAAAUUUGAAUUUCGAUUAACAGAAAAAGAAUGUAAUCUAUCCGGAGGAAUCGUACAUUUCAUUGUGAUGGAUCAUGAUUUAAUGUGGUCAAAUGAUUUUGAAGGCGAAGCAUUUCUUGAAAUAUGGAAAAUAACCGGAAUUAAUAAUGAUAAUCGUGCUAUAGAUGAAUUAAAACAAAUUGAAUUAGCAUUAACACAUCCGAAAGUUGUACGCAGUCGUAUUAUUGAAAUAUUGGAACAAAGAACAACGGAUAAAGUAGCAGUAGAUUUUGUUCGAAGACGGCGCGAAACAGAAAAUCAAUAA